AUGCCACCAAAGUUGAAAUGGAAUGUUGUGCGGCGUGCACAUAAUCAAAGGCUUUUUCAUGAAGAUGAUGUGGAUUCCAAGGAUUACAAGGGAGGGCUGUCCACUCGUAAACGGCAAGGGAAGUUGGAGGAGCCUGAGGAGCCGCAGCUCAUUAGCGAGGAGUAUGACUCCGACUUCAGCACAAGUGAUGAAGAAGUGUUGGUCGGACAACAGCCCUCCAUCAAAAUCCGGGCUCUUCGGCUAGAUGACGGGAUGUUCAUGAUAUUCCAGCUGUUCUGGUCAAACGCCCCAAUUCACAAGGACAAGGCCUUGGCAGCAGUCCAGAAAUGCAAGGUGCUGCGUGGCCUUUCAAUCCGUGGACAGGUCCGGAUUGCCAACUUGCUACAGCGUGUGACCUACAGCUGUGGAACCGAACUCUGGUCAGCCCAGGAUGCCCAUGAGAAGCGUUUCGUGCUAAUUGAAGCCGGUGAGGUCGAGAAUUGGUUGCCACCCACAUCUGACACGGCCGAACGGUAUGUUGGUCGGAGUGGGCCCGGUUCAGUCCUCGGAGGCUUGUUUGCCGUUGGUUCAUUCUCACAUCCUGUGUUUACGGUACGCGUCCCGAACAACGAGACGCAGCAGCCCCUGGAGGCCUGGGAGAUCAACAGUGCGAGCCAGGAGCAGUUCAGCACGAGCUUCCAUGCUGAAGAGAUGCAUGUCCUGCGGCGACGAGUUCUCCAAGACCUUCGUCUCCAGCUUCUGCCAUUCUUACAGAGGAUGCUGGCAAGCCGAGGCUUCUUCUCCCGCUAUUCAGAGGCGUUGAUUACAAGGCUUGUCAAAGAUAUGGAUUUGCGAUUGUUUGAGCCUGGGCAAGUGAUUUUCAAAGAGCGUGCUCCUGGUCGCAGCCUUGGCUUGAUCGUCCGUGGUUUCGUUGACAUCUCGGCGAAUGGGAGGAGGAUCACUUCAAAGGGCCCUGGACAGGAAAUCGGAGAAGCAGCCUUGCUGGAGACAGGAUACCGGCGACAUGCUACUACUCGAUGUAGCGAGAAAACGGAAUCGCUUCUGUUCCUUGUAAGCAAAGAUGCCUUCCAUGCUUGCUUCGAGAAGUUCCCAGAAGAAAAGGUGAAACUUGCGCAGCAAGUCCGACAUCGAAUUGCUAUGACAGCCCUGAAGGAGACUCUCACAGGCUGCAGCCAGGAGUUCGUGCAUCUCCUCAGCACGGAGUGCGACAUUCUGCAGUUAACCUGGCCAAAGAUGGCUUGCAGCCCGUUUGAUAGCGAUGAGGCCAUGCACCUCUUCUACAGUGGUGAACUUACGGUCGAGAGCUCUGAUGAGAAAGGUGAGCAAACAAGCCGUUUUGCACGGAGGUGGGAAAUCUUCGGUCUUGAGGCGUCCUUGGCUUUGCGUCAAGGACCUCCAAAAUAUGGUCUGACUGCUGGGCGAGCAGGCUGCACACUGGUUCGCAUGACGAGGGCAGUUGUGCAAAAGGCUUUGCACUUCUUUCCCACAGAGCUGAAGCAGAUGCUGCAAGCUGCCGGAUUACAGAAUGUCCCAGCAGAUCACCCUUUCCUGCCGCAGCGCGCUUCGAUUUGGGAUACAAUUAAGCCACUUCUUUGCCAGAUGCUUUGCAGUGCGGAGUUGGACUUGGAAUUCUGCCAAGCACUCGCUCCGCAGUUCAAGCCAUCUGUUUAUGAUGCUGGUUGUUUGAUAGCCUUGGAGGGGUCGGCAUGCCAGGAAGCGGUGCUGAUACUGGCCGGUGACGUCCGGUGGUCACAGAGAAAUGUAGCUUCCGGGAUUGUCUCCGCACCGACCUACUUUGACGUGACAUCCUUGUUCGGCGAGCACGGUGUGCAUCGCGCCAGCCUCACGGCCCAGACGACCGCUGUCGUGUGGCGGCUGGGUUUGCCAGCAUCCACUGAAGGGGAUGCAAGCCAGGCAGGUGUCAAAGAUGACCUGGACAAGUUCGUGGGCGAAGUGCACCGCAUCCAGGAGCUGCACCAGCAGAUCCAAGAAGGCCUUCGGGCAAGCCUGCGCAACAUGCGGACCUGGCGCAGGUUUCGCUCAGAAGUUAUCGAGCUGCUUUGUGACAAUCUGAAUUUGCGCACCUUCCUCCCAGGACAGAGAAUAUUCGAUGCUGGUGACUUGGGCGCAUUCAUCUUUAUCCUGGCUCGUGGUCGAGUUGAGGUGCAGACUAAGGGGAGGACUAGUAUCCUGGAAGAGGGCGCGACCUUCGGAGAGAUGGUGCUUUUCGGCCAGCCAUAUCGCAACAUCAGCGCAUCAGCAGUGACACUUUGCGUGCUCAAUGCUGUGCACAAGGACUUGGUCAGCUAUGCUUUGAAGCAGGCCCCCAGAGAUGCAGUCGUGCCCGAGGUCCUGCCACCAAAGAUGCACGAGCGAAACCGAGGUGAAGUCCGCACUGCAAAGCACACUCAGCAGGCUGGUUCCAGCAGCCUGUCGACAUGGAGUCUGUUUGAUGUUCCGUAA